AGAAACACACAGUAGAGAGAGAGAGAGAGGAGCGCCCGCGUGCGAACCGCGCUCGUGAGGGAAUUUCACCUUACCGGCUUCCCGGGUCCACCAAGUUUUUGUUCUUAUUCCCUUCGAUCUCUCGUUUCGUCUCCCAAGCCGAACUAUUCUUCAGCAAUCUGCUGUGCUAUGAUAGAUCGCAUAAAGAUUGGAGCUUUUUGAUUCGGAGCAAGAAAAACAGGAGAUUUGGAUCAUCUUUGUUAUUGUUUGUUCGGUUUCUCUCUCACGACGGGGUCGGAAAGGAUAUCUCUUUAUAUCACACUUAUACUCCAACCACUCUGGCCAUCACCGGCUGCGAAUUUCAUUCUCACACCUUGAGGAAGGUGUGGGAUCAGAAGGAUUCUAAUGCCGUCUUGUAUUACUUAUCUCUCUCUGCCAUUCAUCUUCGUCGCCACUUCUGUUGUAAUCAGAAGGGUUCUCCAAUCGAUAAUGGCUAAUCAUUGAAGGCCUCACAGCUCUAAUUUGCAGUUUUUCAUUCAUUUGGUAUCAGUUUCCUCGUUCGUUUUGGUGAUAUUGUGUGAUUUGUAAAAGAUAUUACGAAAUAUUUAACAGAAGUUAAGGUCUGCAACUCUGUUUGUGUUUGUUUAAUUUGUUUCCGUCCAUUGUUUUAUUUUCUAAAUUUUGCGUAAUGGCAAUAUGCUCUUGUUUGGCAAAGUUUUUGGCAGGAAGGAAGAAGAAAUCUAAGAACUCGCCCGAAGUCAUGGAUGAUGGUAAUCGAAGUAUCAAUGAUGGUAAACUCGAGUUUAAGUCAAGUAAUAUGGCCAGCUCUUCCACCCAAAAUGGCCUCCCUGAGUCUCAUAUUACAAUCUCAGACUCAUCUCCUAUGCAAGUGAAAAGAUCUUCCUGUAUUUCCGAAGCACCGAUUAAUGAUAAUAGCUUGGUCCCGGGUGAUUUUAUUCAAGAGAUAGCUUACGAGGGAGGCGAUGAACAUGACGAGAGUCGAUCCAUGAAGAGAGAUUACUCCGAUUUCGAUCUUCAAGCUAAAGGGGAACUUGCUUCACAUGGAUCAAACACUGAGUUAAACAACUUUGGUUUUGAGAUCAAGGUAGAGACAGAUGGAGGGCUUAGUCCUGAUACAAUGCUUGCGAGUGGGCAUGUGAGUGAUCCUGGUUUGGCACGGAAAGUUUUUGAAGGAUCACCGGUUCUUAAGCGAUCGUGUUCUAAUAUCGAAACGAAGAGAGCUACCGAGUCAAUCAAUUCAGUGAACAGGCUCAGUUCUUAUUCCAACCUUCAAAAUUUGUUAGGAUUAGGUGGAGAAGAAGUUAGUUAUGAGGAUUAUAGCAGCCCCAUAUCCGUGAAAACUUCUCGUAGCGCCGACCGAGUGAUGCUAAGAAGACGUUCUUCGUGCCAGGUGCUUCCCUCUCGAAGCCGAAAAAUCUGGUGGAAGCUCUUCCUAUGGAGCCAUAGAAAUCUCCACAAAUUCAGUGUUCCUCAAAAACUUGUUUCAGUUCUCAGUACUGCUAAUCCAAAGGUUGGGUACUCUUCUGAUACCCAUGAACCGAGCCAAAAGCUCGAUAAGAUGAAGAAGGCGGUGGAGAGCCAGUGGGUCGCAUUCUCGUCCGAGUCUUCCCCUCGAGACCGAGUUAACGCUUGGAUAAACAGCCUCGUGGAUGACGGAUUCGGUUGUGAAGAAAACCAUCAUGAAACACUAGAUGAAGGAACCGUCAUUCGUUCUCAUUUCGAGAUCGGAGAGUCAUCUGGGAAGAGUCAUUCCCAUACAAGUCGACAUGCGAUCGAGGAGGUGAUACGGGCAAACAAUAUUAUUCGUUCCUUGAAUUCGUUCUCUUCAGUGGCUCAUAUUUCCAAUAUGGGACUUAAGGUCAUUCCUACCAUUUCAGCCUUUGGAGGCCUUAGAUCAGUCAAUCUCUCAGGGAACUUCAUAGUUCAUAUCUCUCCCGGUUCGCUUCCGAAGGGCCUUCACACCCUCGACUUGUCCCGGAACAAGAUAGCAACCAUUGAAGGCCUUAAGGACCUCACAAAGUUGAGGGUUCUUAACUUGAGCUAUAACCGCAUCGCAAGAAUUGGUCGUGGAUUAUCCAACUGCACGAUCAUCAAAGAACUGUACCUCGCCGGCAAUAAGAUCGGCGAGGUCGAAGGCCUCCAUCGCCUCCUAAAGCUCACAGUUGUGGACCUCAGCUUCAACAAGAUAAGCACAGCCAAAGCUUUAGGACAGCUUGUCGCCAACUACAACUCUCUCAUGGCCCUCAAUCUGAUUGGGAACCCGAUACAGAGCUGUGUGGGAGAUGAGCAGGUGAAGAAAACGGUUCUGAGUCUUCUUCCCCACCUCACCUAUCUGAACAAGCAGCAGAUAAAGCAGCAUAGAGCGAGAGAGGUUCCGGCCAGCCGGGCAGCCAUUGUUGACACCGGAAGGAGCUCGCAGAGGCGGCCGGUGAGGCUUCUGAGUCAGGUCUCGAGCCCGAACUCAUCGACGAAGAAGAAGACUCGACCCAAGGGUAAGUAUCAGCAGUCAUCUCUGAGAAGGUAAGCCUUGCCUGGUCAGCAGGCUUUAUAGCUUUCAUUGCCCAUAACUUUUGUUCGUUGCUUGAUAGUUUUAUAUGGUUUUGAUUCGGAAAAAUAAAGAGAAUAAUUGUGGGAAUAUUGUUUUUGCAUUUUUGUUUAAAAUAGUUAAUAAAUGUUUUUUUUUUCAAGAUAUUUAUG